CCGGGACCUCACUGUUCACACACGGUGGGAUUUAAUCCCACGUCAUUUACUAUUAAUAGUUAAUUAUGCAUUUUGUGCUAAAUUAAUUUGGGACCUAGUAAAGUCCUAGAUUUAAAAUUACCUUCCAAAACCCUGUAAAAAGAAAGAGCGACGGUGAGAAGUUCGGAGCACGUAUCAAUGGCGAAUCGGCGUUGCUUUCAAACCCUUACCCGCUGUCUCCAGUCCAUCAAAACCCUAACCCCUCUCUCGGAGGCCAUAGCGCCUUACUCCGCCUAUGCCCUCAACCAAACCAUCGCCGCCACACCCCCAAACUACAUUUUCGUCAAUAAUGCUGACAUUUACCAACGUGCCGCAGUGCCCACGCGAAGCUUUAGCUCGAGACCCACCGACAGCGACGAUGUCGAGGAGGAUGACGAGGAAGAUUACGAAAGCGAAGAAGAAGACGAUAGUGAAAAUGAAGAAGAGAGCGUUGUUCUGUCUGCUGAGGAUAAAAAAAUAGAGGCCGCAGAGAUAGGGUACACGGUCAUGGGUCCGCUCCAGAAAUCGGACAGGGUUUUCAAACUGUAUGAGCCCGUGUUCGCGGUUGUUCAGAUUGGAUCGCAUCAAUUCAAGGUGAGCAAUGGGGAUACCAUUUACACAGAGAGGUUAAAGCACUGUGAUGUCAAUGAUAAGUUGGUCCUCAAUAAGGUUCUUAUGCUAGGUUCACAAACACAGACAAUCAUCGGUAGGCCAAUUUUGCCUGAUGCAGCUGUUCAUGCUGUUGUUGAGGAGCAUGCACUAGACGCUAAGGUGAUCAUAUUCAAGAAAAAGAGAAGAAAGAACUACAGAAGAACAAAGGGUCAUCGCCAGGAAUUAACUAAACUAAGGAUAACGGAUAUACAAGGCAUCGAGAAGCCAGAAAAUACGACGCCUCCCCCUCCAUCUCCAAAGAAAGAGAAGGAAAAGAAGCCAGAGAAGAAGGUGGCUAUGGAAGCUUAAUAGGCACAAAUGUUUUUCUACUAACUUUGAAGAUCCAUUUUGUCCAAGAGCUCAAGGCUGAUAUACAAUUUGUUUCCUAAUGUGGCUGCUGCUUCAGAGACUUUUACAUUCUCAUUCAGCCAUUCAGUGCCCAAAUCGUUGUAUUGUAGGAUUGGUUCACAUAUUAAAGUCAGGGUUUUUAUUUCUUGGUGGAAAUAAUAUUAAUUUUAUCGAAUAAA